UGCUCGGUACUCCAAAUCAGAAGCCAUCGUGAUCGCUCAAUUUUUGCAUAGUAUCUCGGAGAGCAAGCAAAUAUGGGCAACAGUUUCAAUGCAGUGAAUCCCUCCGAAGAGAUUGGAAUACCGCCUAUUUUACCGGUUGUUGGUUGCAGCACUCACAUGGAUAUUCUACUCGAAUGCUGGAAAGCGUGAGACGAAGAAACCACCCGGCCCUCGGCCAUGGCCCGUAGUCGGAAACCUUCUGAACUUGUCUUCGCUGCCGCACAGGUCCCUUCGCGAUCUCGCAACCAAAUACGGGGGUUUUAUGUAUCUGCGUUUAGGAUCCGUACCUUGCGUGGUGAUUUCUACUGCAGCAGCGGCACGGGAGUUUGUUCUAAAGAAUGAUGCAGACACCGCAGGACGACCCCAGGUGGUGGCCCUCGCCAUCCUUGAAGAAGACAAGACUGUGGCGAGUGCUAACCCUGGGCCGUACUGGAACCAGCUACGAAAACUGUGCCAUGAUCAGCUUUUUUCUCCAAAGCGCCUGGCAUCUUACGAGAAUGCCAGAACGGAGGAAAUUCAUCACAUGGCAAGGCUCCUUCGAGAGGAUGCAAAGAGGGGGGAAGUCAUCGACGUAAGGAGAUGGCUUCAGGGUGUAACUUGCAAUUACGUGACCCGGAUGCUUCUUGGGAAAAGGUACUUUGGAAAUGGCGAAGAGAGUCCCGAGGAGAAAGAAGAAAAGCAAGGAUUCGAAAAGUUCUACAAACGUAUAUUUGAGGCAGUCGGCACGUUCAUCAUCGAUGACUACGUCCCAUACUUGAGCUUCAUCACAAAGCUGCAAGGUUGGAUACCAAGGUUGUGGGAUAUCCGUCACUUCUCUGAUUCCAUUUCAGUGAAAAUUGCGGACUUGGACAAGCACAGACAGCGAGCUUUAGACAGGAACAGAGGUGAAGAAUACGUACCUGACUUUGUGGACGUGUUGUUGACGACAAAGAUGGAAAAUGGAGAGCCGCUGCCCGACAAGAACAUCAAGAUGGUCCUCAUGAAUAUGCUGAUCGCAGGAACAGACACAAUGGCGAAUACAGUGGAGUGGGCGAUGGCAGAGCUCAUGGUAAAUCCUCUACAUAUGAAAAGAGCUAAGGAUGAACUCGACAAUGUGGUGGGCACUAAUCGACUGGUACAAGAGUCCGAUAUCCCAAACCUCCCGUUUCUGCAAGCCAUCACCAAAGAGGCCCUUCGUAUGCAUCCCCCUGCGCCACUGUCACUCCCACACGAAUCAAUCCGACCAGCAGAGAUCAUGGGGUACAAGUUUCCAGCCCACACACGAGUGUUCUACAAUCUUUUUGCUAUCCAUCGGGACCCUGCAAUGUAUGAAAAACCUGAUGAAUUCAACCCUCAAAGAUUUAUCGACCAUCCCGAGGUGAAUCAUUUAACAGGUAUGGAUUACUACGAGCUCAUCCCAUUCGGCGCAGGGCGACGCAUGUGUCCAGCAUAUCAGCUGGGAAACCUCAUGGUCUCCUUGAUGCUUGCUCACGUUCUCCACAGUUUUGAUUGGCUCUUCCCUGAAGGCGAGAGUGUACAGACUUUUGACAUGAGUGAAGAGUUCAAGCUCACUGUAGCCCUUAAAAACCCUCCCCGCUGGAUAUUCCAGCCCAGGAAUCCAGCUUUUCUGUACUGAAGUUCAAACUGCAAGGGGACCUCAAGCAACCUCUCAUAAAUUUCAUCAAAACUAAACCAAACUACAUCUUCAACCACCUAUCUGCAAAAGUCUAACUUAAACUUUAAAUGUGCCUUUUGCUCCGAAUCUACUGCUUCGAUGCAUCCCAGAAACAGGUGAUUACAUUAGUUUUUUGCGGCCUUAGAUCCCAGGGGAUAGGGUAUUUCGUGCCUUCAUUAUACUACAACCUCACAACCUUUGGCAGCGACGAGACGAAGCUCCCAAGAAAGACGAUGCCGGAAAGCACUGCUCAAGGAACCUGCAUCGAGACGAGAUAACACAACCAUUGUUCAUCUCAUUAUGUCAUACUUACGAUAAGUUAAGCUUGAGGAUUGAAUGCAUUCAAAAUUACGAUAUUGCCCAAAAAGAAAUAUUAUAUUUUUUUAAUACAUUUCAAUAUAAAUAAUAUUUUGUUUUUUUAGUUACUUAUAACAAAAGUAGCUAAAGAUCUAGAAUUCUCUAUUUUAUUGAGAUAGUCAAAGAUAUGAGGUUUUUUAAAUUUAUUUGACAAUGAUGUCAAGCUUAAGCACUUGUAUAUAUCAAAGGUAUUCAAAUAUGUAAGGUUGUCCAAUUCAUAUGGCAAUGAUGUUAAGCUUGAGCACCCACUUAUUCUUAA